AUGACAUCCGGGGACUCUUUACCGGUAUAUGAUCCCUCAUGCAACUUCCGUCCCAGCAACGUAUCAGGAAUGAUUGAUCUUUAUGAUUGGGUUGGAUCAUACUACAACGGCACAACAGUGAUCGAAUACACCCCUUUCUCUCGACGAAAUGGAAUGUUCAGGUCAUGUCCUAAUGUAGAAAAUCACACCUACAUUCAGCAAUACCAAUCAAUUCUCGGCAUAAUAGAGCCGGACAGGAACGAUCCGGAUAAGCCUUUGAUCAAUAUGUUGCUGGGAUUUUGGCACUUGGGGUUCGACUUCUCCUCUUUACCGACAACACAACAGAGUUUAUACGAACAAGGAUGGGAUUAUGGGUUGUAUUCUACUAAACCCUGGUACUUACGCUACGGUUACAAGAAUAAAACAAUCCCCCGAGAUGGAAAGAACUUCAACCUCAGCUUGAUAAAGGCAGAGGAGCGGAAUUCCACUCGGAUUAUUCCUUACACCUUCUUCAAUGAGAUAACCACCAAUACUCAAAUGCCGAGUCAUCUCGCCAUGAGUCCUUGCAAUAACUCUGCAGUAACGAAUACGAGCAAGAGACUCGAGUAUCUAACCACUUUGAUCUCCGACCAAUCUGCUCACCACCGUGACUAUUCGAAUUUUACGAACCCUACCCUCACUCUUUCUUUUAAUAAUGCCACUGCCAACCUCACUGUGAACGGAUAUUUCUACGCCUCAGCCGAUCUAUCAAAGGAAGAGUUGAGAGAUAGAAGCUCUGCUGUUGUGGGAGGGAGAAUGAAAGUCAAGUUUCUGGGACAGGUGGAUAAUUAUCACUCUGAUGUUUUGGUGGAUCACAACUCAACUCCGGCAUGGUCAAGGACUGUGGGCUUUGGGAAUAACUCCCUUAACAUAGGGUAUCACAGCAGCUCUGGUGAAUAUCAACAGCACCAGAGGAUUGUUGCUUUCAGUGUGGCUUUGCUCACGAUGGGUUUGAUCUUAUCUGAUCCCGCAUUUUCGACCGGGAAAGAUCUCGGUGCCGCUGGAGAAGCGCAUAUAAUGCUUUUUUUCAACCACCGGAGUGGCAGCUCGCAAUAUGCGUUGACACUCUCUGCAUUCCUCUUGCUCCUAUUCUCCUUCCCCCUCACCACUUCCGCCGCCUCCUGCGCCGGCGUCCUCCUCCAAACGAUCGCUACCCGCUGGGACUCUCUAGGAAGCGCCUAUCAAUCCGAAAUAUGCGCCCGAGGUUGUCAGCCCGUAAUGUCCACUUGGGACGAUUGGACAUACUCCAACGCCUUUCUACCGUUAAUCGACACCAUGGCAAAAGAAAUGUCACUUUCUGAUAACUUCAAGGCCACAUUUACUCGUAUUGGUCAGGAUAUUGCGACUUCCACGAAGAACGAGUGCAGCGCAUUAUUAGCGCCUGGUCAGCAUUUCUGUACCGGCGGGAAUACACCGGAGGGCAAUAAAUUGGUGCAAUGGAAUUGGUGUUUUAAGAAGCAGGCGGCUAAGCAAGCUUCGAGGAAUGCGUUUACUAUACUCAGACUUGUGUCUAGUGAGAUUUGUAAGGGGUCGGCCUAUAAAUAUCUCUCGGAUGAUGCUCUGUGGACGGAAGCUUUGCCGGAAUAUAUGAGGAAAUAUGCGGAUACUUGUCAGGUUCCUCAUGCGAACGAAGAUGACGGCGUGACAGGUACAGGGAGUGUUCCUGACCAGGGUGCGCUCGUCGAGAAAGAAGUAAAGGACGAAUUAUGA